UCGGCACUUGCCCUGAUUGCAAAGUCCAAUGCCCAUGUCGUAAUGAACACGCCUACACCAUAUGGUUUCAGCACCCUUCAGACCUCACCUCUCAACGGUGAAGGCUACAACUUCCCUUGCCAAAGCGGAAGUCGUGCUAACGCUUUUGAUGCAACUGGUGUUUACAACCCUAUGAAGGUCGGCCAAGACAAUGACCUCAAAUUCACCGGUACUGCUGUCCACGGUGGUGGCUCUUGCCAACUCAGCGUGACUUACGAGUACCCCCCUCCUGCCGACAAGUCCAAGUGGAAGGUUAUCCACAGCUAUAUCGGUAGCUGUCCAGCUAACGCCCAGGGCAACAUUGCUGAGACUGGAUCUGACGUUGAUGGAAGACCAACUGGAGCUCAAUGCACUGGCGACAACCAAAGCGAAUGUCUCAAAGACUUCAAGUUCCAAAUCCCAGAGGGCAUGAAAAAUGGCAACGCAACUCUCGCCUGGACUUGGUUCAACAAGAUUGGUAAUCGUGAGAUGUACAUGAAUUGUGCACCUAUCUCGAUCACGGGCGGCUCCGACGAUGACACUUUCUUUAACAGCCUUCCUGAGCUCUACGUUGCCAAUAUCCCGAAUGAGUGCAACUUCAAUAGUGGAAGUUUUGUUGUCGGUUUCCCUAACCCUGGCAAGUUUGUUACUUACGGUGAGGCUGCCACAGCUGGCGACCUGGGCUGUCCUACUAGCUCUGACAGUGCAUCUGGUUCCGGAUCAAACUCAACUUACUCCUCAGCUUCUCCUUACGGUGCCAGCUCUCCUGCCACAGCUCCUACUUCUUACGCCGCAGCUCCUUCACCAUAUGCUGCUGUCCCCACCCUGGCCACAGUUGCUAGCGCUGUCCCCAUGCCUUCUGGAACUGGCUACGCCGGAUCUUCCAACAGCACUUCUGGCGCUUGCUCUGGCGGUAAAGUUUCAUGCCCAACCCCCGGUUCGGUCAUCUGCAUCGACGAGAAUACAUUCGGCCUUUGCAACAUUGAUUACUGCGCCGUCCCCCAAGCAGUGUCUCUUGGCACCACAUGCUCAAACGGCGUCAUCUCGAAGCGU